CUUGUUUCAGCAACGAGUUCGAGAGCGGUUGGCAUUAUAUGGUGCUAACCCAUCAGAGACCGCCAUACAGAAUGCCAUUGGAGACAUCAAGCUGCAGGAUGAGCGACAAGAGAGAGAACGAGAGCGGCAACAUGAGCAGAGAAUGGCAGAAAUACGGCAAUCGGAGAAAACGCCUAAAGAUGCAGCGACUUUUCGUAAGUUGCCCUUUCGGGCGUUCAAACUAUUUAAGGAAGGAGAGGAGGAAAUUGAAGCAUUCCUGCAGGACUUUGAGAGACUAUGCCAGAUACAUGAAGUACUGUCCCAAGAUUGGGUCGUCUUACUGGCGAGUAAUUUAACUGGCAGGGCGGCGGAUGCAUAUCGGGCCCUGGAGGACGAGGACGCUAAAGACUAUGACCGGGUAAAAGAAGCUUUGCUAGCCCGAUUUGCCAUUACACCCGAAGCCAGCCGGAUUAAGUUUCGAGAAUCCCGGAAACAAACCGACACAACAUACGUGGAGUGGGCACAUCGUCUGCAGCGGAACCUUAAGAGCUGGUUCCAGGGAAGCCACGCUAAUACCAUAGAGGACAUCACCCAGCUAGUACUAUUAGAACAGUUUUUUAAUCACACCCCUCCGGUAGUACAGGAUUGGGUGCGAGACAAGCAACCCCAGACGGUACAGCAAGCGGCUACUUUGGCCGAUGAAUAUCUGGACUCUCGAAGGUCAGGCGAAAAUGAGCGCUAUCCACUAUCUCGGCCCAGUUUACCAGCCUCUAAGCCAACUUCAGUACCUCAGUGGUCCGCCUCUAGACCCCCAGCCCGACCCAACCCUCCUACCGGACCUAAGUGCUAUACCUGCAACCGAAUCGGUCAUCUACAACGAUUUUGUCCUACCCAAUCCACGAGGUAUCGAGAGACUAAUCAUCCAUCCAGACCAGCGGCUCAUUGCUUCCAGAAUGAGCCCAACCAUCGAGAUGUUCAGGAAGAGUGCGGCGAACUUUUCGAAGCGGAUCCUGUCCAAGCUGCUGCCGGAGAUAACCGACAGCACCAUCGCCAGGCAGUAUGGGUCAAUGGGCAGCCAGCCCAGGGACUCCGCGAUUCCGGGGCUACGAUUACCCUCAUUCAGCCUCACAUGAUUCCCCAGUCAGCCCGGACCGGCCAGACUGUUGCAGUCAGGGUAGCAGGGGGCAAGGUGCUACGUUUAUCCACCGCCCAAGUCCUCUUGGAUUGGGGCUCAGGGGAGCGACAUGUGCGAGUGGGAUUACUACGCGAGUUACCUGCAGAAGUACUUUUGGGGAACGAUUUGGGCCAUUUAACUUCCUCAUAUGCCCCAGAGGCCGCCAUGGCCGUCACCACCAGACGUCAGAGCCAACUUCAAGGCAACUCCACUUCUAUGGGGACCCAGGUAAGAUCAAAUCCUCCUACGUUACCCCAACCUGACAACACCAUGUCCUGGGAUUCGACCUCUGACGUUAGGCAAGAGACUCAGAGUGACCCAACUUUAGCUGGUUAUCGGGACAGGGCGGGCAAGGAUCCAGGUGGGUUGGGGGAAGACAGAAUAGAGUGGGAGGGGGGGUUUCUUUACCGUUACACUGAGGGAAUGGGCACUGGGAAGCGACAGGGCCCCCACAAACAGCUAGUUGUACCCCAGAAAUACAGACGGGAGCUAUUGCGACUGGCUCACGACAUCCCCUUGGCCGGACAUUUAGGGAUAGCCAAGACCCGGAGUCGGUUGUCUCAUGCUUUCUUCUGGCCCCGAUUACAUGCUGAGGUGCGAGAAUACUGCCGGACCUGUGAGACUUGUCAGAAAGUAGGGAAGACAGGGGAUCACCCAAAAGCCUCGCUGCAACCCCUUCCGAUUAUUAGAGAACCCUUUAGCCGCAUAGCAGUAGAUAUUAUAGGCCCACUGGCCCGCCCCAGUGCCACCGGGAAGAAGUAUAUUCUUACGGUGGUGGAUUACGCCACCCGCUACCCGGAGGCCAUUCCCUUAUCCAAUAUCCAGGCAGAUACAGUAGCAGAUGCCUUACUGCGGGUAUUCACUAGGGUAGGGUUUCCCCAGGAGAUAUUGUCCGAUCAGGGUACUCAGUUCACAGCUGAGCUGACGCAACAGCUUUGGCGUCUCUGUGGGAUUAAACCCCUCCAAAGUGCCCCCUACCACCCUCAGACUAAUGGGCUGUGUGAGAGAUUUAACGGGACCCUGAAGCAGCUGCUUCGGUCCUUCGUGGAGAGUAGGAAGGAUUGGGAGAAAUACCUUCCCCAUCUACUGUUUGCAUAUAGAGAGGUACCCCAAGAGUCCACUGGGUUUUCCCCAUUUGAGCUGUUAUACGGGCGAAGGGUUAGGGGGCCCUUAGACUUAGUGAGGGCCCAGUGGGAGGGGGUAGAGGAUCCGGAAGGCCUCCCCAUCCUUAGUUAUGUCUUGGAACUCAGGGAGCGACUGCGGGACCUUACUGAUCUAGUCCAUGAGAAUAUGCAAUCGGCCCAGAGUCAGCAGAAGGUUUGGUAUGAUCGGGCUGCGCGGAAUCGCACCUUUUAUAUCGGACAGAAAGUCCUGGUACUAAAACCCCUGAAGCAAAAUAAAUUACAGGCCUCCUGGCAGGGUCCCUAUCAGGUGGUAAAACAGCUGUGCGAUACCACCUACGUGGUUGCCAGCUGUGCCGACACAAAAAUCAAGAGGACGUUCCACAUUAAUAUGAUGAAGGCCUUUAAUGAAAGGGCUGAGGCAGUAGCCGCCAUAUGCGCUCCGGCCACCGGGGACUCUGAAUAUCUACCGAUGCUGGAGCUUCCCGAAAUCAGUAACUGUUCCGGGGGGGUGGAGGAUAUACGGCUAGGAGACGGAUUAGGAUCCCAAAAACGAGAACAGGCCAGAGAAUUACUCCAGGACCGACAGGAGAUGUUCUCGGCACUCCCUGGGUACACUCACAUAGCUGUGCACAAGGUAGAGACUCCGGGGCAGAAGCCCCUGAGACAGCCAGCCUAUAGGAUUCCCGGAGCAGUGCAAGAAGGGAUGAGAGCGGAGAUUAGGGAAAUGCUUGAGUUAGGGGUGAUCGAACCCUCAGCAAGCCCCUGGGCGUCCCCUGUAGUAUUAGUCCCAAAACGGGAUGGCACGACCCGAUUUUGUGUGGACUAUAGGCGACUGAAUGACUGUACUGUGACAGAUGCCUACCCUAUGCCCCGAGUGGACGAAUUGCUGGACAAAAUAGCUCAGGGACAGUAUCUGACGACUAUUGACUUGUGUAAGGGCUACUGGCAGAUUCCCUUGGAUGCGGAAGCAAUUCCGAAGUCGGCCUUCAUCACCCCGUUUGGCCUUUACCAGUUUCUGGUGAUGCCAUUUGGGAUGAAGAAUGCUCCGGCUACCUUCCAGCGGAUGAUAGAUGAACUCCUCGAUGGUCUGCAAGAUUUUGCAUGUGCCUAUCUUGACGACAUCGCAAUCUAUAGCCAGACCUGGGAGGAACAUCUUAGACACCUGGGAAUAGUGCUGGAUAGGAUCCGAGACGCAAACCUGACCCUCAAGCCAGACAAAUGUAAUAUUGGGAUGUCUGAGGUGCAAUAUCUGGGACAUAGAGUGGGAUGUGGGAAGCAGAGGCCAGAACCUGCAAAAAUAGAGGCCGUCCUAAAUUGGCCGGUUCCCAGAACCAAGACCCAGGUACUUGCAUUUUUAGGGACAGCAGGGUACUACAGGAAGUUUGUACCCCACUAUAGUGACAUAGCCAAACCCCUAACGGACCUGACCAAAAAGACUCUCCCUAAACAGGUCCUGUGGUCCCCGGAGUGCGAGACAGCAUUUCAUCAGUUAAAAACCGCCCUAACGCAAGCUCCCAUACUGGCGGCACCCGAUGCUAACAAACGCUUUGUCGUUCAUACAGAUGCCUCCAUGUUCGGACUGGGAGCUGUACUAAGCCAAGUUGGUGAUGACGGGAAAGAGCACCCUGUGGCGUAUCUCAGCCGCAAGUUGUUACCCCGUGAAGUUGGAUAUGCUGCUGUGGAAAAGGAGUGUUUGGCCUUAGUCUGGGCGUUAAAGAAAUUGCAGCCCUACGUGUAUGGACGCUCUUUUACCGUCAUGACGGACCACAAUCCUUUGAUAUGGCUUAACCGGGUGGCGGGAGAGAACGGGCGAUUACUACGAUGGAGCCUGGCUUUGCAACCGUACAAUUUCACCAUACAAUAUCGGCCAGGGCCUCAAAAUGGGAAUGCGGAUGGUUUAUCCCGGCAGACAGUCCUGGAACCUUAAGACUACUUUUCCAACAUCCUCGAGUUGACCCGUUUGGGUCCCACUGCGG